AUGGGUGCUAAUGUGGAUCACAGUGUAACUGGUACUUCAGGGCCAUUUACAUACCGGGUCAAUGGACAUGUUAUACACAGGAUCGGGUCUCUACUACCUGACGAUGGUGCUCUGCCAGAAUAUUUACAGCUAUAUAUUUUUGACACCGAUAAUGAGCUAGAAAACAGAAAAAGAGCGUUCACUCAAGGUUCCUCCUCUUUGGCUAUCCCUGACAGUAUUAUUGUUCAGUUAAUUGAGAUGAUGGACAAACAUAACCACCUUGCAAAGACGUUUCGUCACGCCCGUGAUAGAUUUAAAGAGACUGGUACCAUUGAGUACAGUAUCACUCUGGUCAGUCAAACUAACCUUGGACGUCAGUAUGAUCUACCAAGUGCGAGCGAGAUUGGUGGAUUGAUUGUUGGGGACCUAUCUGCGACGUCUGUUGGUAGAGAUAUUGUUGUUGAGCUUAAAUCAUCUGCUUUGCAGCGAAUAAAUGAUCAACACCCCCUGAUGACGAGCCUCCAAUAUCCAUUGUUGUUUCCGUACGGGGAGACUGGAUAUAACCAGAGACUGCCAUAUGAAGGUCCUGAGAUGUCUAAAAUAAGAAGAGAAUAUAUGACAAUGCGUGAGUUUUACGCUUAUCAGUUUCAGACUCGGCCAACUGAGGGAAUGACAAUCAUAAAAGGUGGGAGAUUGCUGCACCAGUAUAUUGUAGAUGCAUACACUGCAACCGAGCAAGAGAGAUUAAGGUUUAUUCUGUUGAACCAAAAGAAACUCCGAGCAGAUUUGUAUAGCAACUUGUGUGAUGCUGUGGAGAGCGGAGAUUCAGAUGCAACACAGCUUGGCAGGAAGAUCAUUCUACCUUCUUCAUUCACUGGUGGUCCUAGGUACAUGGCUGAGAAGUAUCAAGACGCAAUGGCUAUAUGUCGGUGGUAUGGCAAUCCUCAUCUGUUCAUCACAGUCACAGCAAAUCCAAACUGGGUGGAGUUAAAGCAUCAUCUGGACGCAUACGGUGGUGAAUCUGCUAAUAGCCGACCCGACCUUGAAUGUAGACUGUUCAAACUCAAACUGGAGGAGAUGGUUUCUGAUUUCAAGAAAGGAGAAUUCUUUCCCAAAACUUCUGCAGUUGUAUACACCAUUGAAUUCCCGAAACGAGGACUGCCUCAUGCCCAUAUUUUAUUAUGGUUAGAAGGCAUUAAGAAAGAAGCAACCACCUCAAUGAUUGAUCAAUAUAUAUCAGCUGAAUUGCCAGACAGAGAUGUAGAUCCUGAAGGUUUUGCAUUGGUCGACCGCCAUAUGAUUCAUGGGCCAUGCGGAAAACGUCGACCAACAUCACCUUGCAUGGACAAGGGAGAGUGCACCAAGGCUUACCCUAAGCCGUUAUCAGAUCAUUCACACAUUGACAAGUCUGGGUUUGUCAGAUACAGAAGGCGAUCAAAUCCCAAGCAUUUAGUCUUGAAAAGCAAUAUUGAGAUAGGGAAUCAGUACGUUGUCCCUCACAACCUCAGUCAGCACUAUACUGUCUACGAUGAGUCUUCUAACUUAGAAGAAUUUAUUUCAAAAGAAGACAUCGAGAAAACGAUGUUAACUGCAUGGUUUGUAGCAUGUGAAACGUAUGAAGAAGCACGAGACCUGACGUACGUUGAGCUCCCUACUAGGUUCGAUUAUCACACAUCAGGGAAACUAUGGACCCCCAGGAAAACGGGUGGAGCAAUAGGCAGGGUGGUUUACGUCAGUCCAGCGGCCGGUGAUAACUAUUUCUUGCGGAUUUUGGUAAAUGUUGUUAGAGGCCCAAGGUGUUACGAGGACUUAAGAACAGUUGGUGGUGUGGUGUUUAAAAAGUAUAGAGAAUCAUUUUACGCACGCCGUUUGCUUGACGACGACAGGGAGUGGCAUGAUGCUAUAGAGGAGCCAUCAUAUUGGGCUACUGGUCGCCAGCUCAGACGGUUGUUUAUGAUUAUCUUACUGUUUUGUCGAGUUGUAAAUCCACUGAAGCUUUGGGAACAUACCUGGAAGUUCCUGGCAGAAGACAUCCUCUACAUGAAACGCAAAGAAUUCAGAUUCCCAGGUCUUGAGCUCAACGACGACCAGCUGAAGCAAUAUACUCUCAUCGAGCUCGAGCAACUCUUGAAGGAGAAUGAUCAGUCACUUGCGGACUACCCUGACAUUUCAUUGCCUGAUGAUUCUAUUUUGACUCAGAUUUCAAACACAGUGCUGAUGCAGGAGUUGAGUUAUGACACUCAGCAGGAGAAUGAGACACAUACAGAGUUGUUUGCAUCAAUGAAUCAAGAUCAGAAAAUGGUAUAUCAUGCAGUGCUUCAAUCUGUUGAUAAGCAAUCUGGGCAGUUGUUUUUUGUUAAUGCGGCAGGAGGUACUGGUAAAACAUACCUAUACAGGACCAUCAUCGCAAAGCUUAGAUCAACUAAUAAAGUUGUUAUCCCAGUCGCAUCAUCUGGUGUUGCUGCGCUAUUGCUCCCAGGAGGAAGAUGA